AUGGCUGAACCAAAGGUUCCCAGCGAGGAUUUGCUUUCACAAAAGUGGGAUCGCGUGAUUUCGAAUUUCGUGAUUAAGACGGGUCUCGGUUUGAGCGCCGGUAUCGUUGCCUCUGCAUUGUUGUUCAAGAAGCGCUCAUGGCCUAUUGCUAUUACCACUGGUUGGGGUUUCGGUGUCGCGUACGCCGACGCGCAGCGUAUUUUCCAUCCUCAUCACGUACCAGGCGUUAAAUUUGAAAAGAAGAAGCCCACCGUUUAG